AUGUCGUAUCAAAGAGAAUACCUGUUUCCAUCAAAUCAAGAAGAUUUUUUUAAAAAUUUAACAUCAUAUGAAUCUAACAAUUCAUUUGAUAUUGGGAAUGUAUUAGGUUCUUCUCAAGAUACAAUUGCAUCUGAAGAAUUUUUUGCCCCACUAGCGAAUGAAUCAGAAAUAAUCAAAAACAAUGUCGAUGAAAUUGAAAAAAAAUUAAAUAGCAAACUGGAAACAA